AUCUUCUGUCUAUCUUCAUCUCCAGGCCCACAUUCCGUUACUUUACGUGGCACACGUGUGUGUUGGGCAUCAUUGGCUGUGGAGUGAUGAUGUUUCUAAUUAAUGCCAUCUACGCCUCGGCCAGCAUCGCCUUCAUGUUGCUCCUGCUGCUGCUCAUCCACUAUCUGAGUCCGACUAGCAGCUGGGGCUACAUUAGCCAGGCACUGAUCUUCCACCAGGUGCGUAAAUACUUGUUAAUGUUGGAUGUGCGUAAGGAUCAUGUGAAGUUCUGGAGGCCUCAGGUGCUGCUGAUGGUGGCCAACCCUCGCUCUAACAUCGGCCUCAUCACCUUCAUUAACGACAUCAAGAAGAGCGGCCUGUAUGUCCUCGGACACGUCCAGAUCGGAGACCUGGCCGUCCUUCCCUCCGACCCUCUGCAGUGUCAGUACGACUCGUGGCUCGCCCUGGUGGAUCACCUGAACAUUAAAGCCUUUGUUAACCUGACAUUAGCUGACUCUGUACGAUGCGGAGUGCAGCACCUGCUCUUCAUCUCUGGACUUGGUGGUAUGAGACCAAACACAUUGGUUCUGGGAUUCUAUGAUGACAUUCCUCCUCAGGACCAGCUCCAAGAUCGCUCGUUCCACUCCAGCAGAUCCAUGGAAAGCCCCAUUUUUUCGGAAGACCCAGAAGAUCCACUUUUUCAUUUCCCUCCUCUGCGAGGCAGCAUGGACGGAGCCUGGCAGGGGAAAGCGAUCGAUCCUCAGGAGUACGUCAGCGUGAUUGCGGAUGCUGUGAAAAUGUUGAAGAACGUGGCUUUGGCAAGGUACUUCUGCCAGUUUGACCACACCCGAACCCGUCAGACCGCCGUCUUCGUGGACGUUUGGCCUGUGAACCUGCUCCGACCCGAUAGCUGCUCUUACGUCGACACCUGCUCACUGUUCCUUCUCCAGUUGGCCUGCAUCCUCAAUAUGUCCAGGGCAUGGCGCAAGGCCAGGCUCCGCCUCUUCCUGUGCGUGGAGACGGGGCGGAGUCUGAAGGAGGCGGAGCGUAAACUGGGGCAGCUGCUGAAGGAGCUCCGGAUGAAGGCGGCCAUCUACACGGUGCCGUGGGACGCUCAGGUGGCGUUGCACUGGCAGAGACAGAGCAGCUCAAGGAAAAGAAAGAAGAACGAAGAAGAGACAGAGGAAGAUUUGGAUCUAGUAGAGGAGGAGGACUCCGAGGAGGAGGAGGAGGAGUACGCUAACGGUUACCACAGCAACACUUCACGUCUAACUGACGACUACUUACUCGCUGUUAAUAGGCUGAUCAGUGACCAGCCCUGCCCGCCCCCUGCUGUGCGCUUUCUGUAUUUGCCCCGCCCACCUGCUGACACACGCCGCUACUACGAUUACCUGCAUCAGCUGGAGCUGUUGAGCCGUGACCUUGGGCCCACUCUACUUAUCCACGGGGUCACGCCUGUCAUCACCACUGACCUAUGACCUUUACCAGGUACCAAUCUGCGGAAAAAGCUCCACCCCUUCACAUUUUUACAUUUUUUUCAUUUUGCCUUUCUUUUUCUUUGGUCUCCUGUUUCCCUCCUGAUCGUCUUGAUUAUUCCUCACUCAGUGAUGGUGAGACUGUGUGUAAAUAUUAACACAAACUCAUGUCUGGACCUCGGAGUUUGUUGAAAAAACUUCCUGGAAUGUAAUAAGAUGUAAACAAGAAUAUUAUAACUAUAAAUUAUUAUAGAGCCACAUUAUAUUUUUCAGUCAACUGGUUUUACAGGUUUAACUUAAUUAAAGACAUCGUGUCAGUUUAAACUCACAUUCAUAUCUUGUUUAUAAACAUUCCUUUUUAAAUCAUUUUUACAGAGUUAAUAGUGCAGGGUUUUAUUCAGUAAUAUACACACACACACACACACACACACACACACACACACACACACACACACACACACACACACAGUGUUGAAUGAU